UAUUAGAGUGAUGAUAUUGUGGUUGAAAUUUUCGAGUUGAACCAUAAAAAUCAGGUGGGAAAUACACGCUGCACAGUUCCUUGGAAGUUGCCUUCGUCCAAUUCCUUUCCACGCCAAAAAGUAACUCUUCCUUUGCCCAUUUCCAAUCUUUCUCCGCCCCCAUAAAAAGUGAUUUUCGCUGUAAAUUCUUUUUCUCACGGUUAUUAUUGUCAUAUUUAACUUUGCAAGUUUUAUUUUUCUUUCUCAUAGAAUUUAGCGCCCUACUCAUUAAUCUCGUCAACAAGCAUCUUUUACAAGUUCUCAGUUUUGUUGGUUUCGCUUUUUAUUCAAUAGAUGAAACUUGCCUCCCAGAAUGGAUAAGAAAAUUUCACUGAUCAAGAAACAGAGACCCUCUUUCCAUUUUCAGUCUAAUAUUCUUGAAUUAAUUCCUUUGAGUCUCCUCUUCUUUUUAUGCUGUCUGUUGGGUAUUGCUUAGAUAUUGGUUUUUAGUCCCACUUUUAUUAGACCUUGGCUUUAAGGAAAAUGGCUAAGGCAUUACUUUUGUUUAUUUUCGUAUGGAUACUUCUCAAUGGUUUUGUUUCAUGCCAAAGGCCUAAAUAUGUUAAUUUAGGUGCAGUUUUUACUUUUGAUUCGGUUAUUGGUAGAGCUGCAAGGCCAGCAAUGGAGGCUGCAGUUUCUGAUAUCAAUAAAGAUAAAAGAAUUCUCAAUGGGACAGAGCUGAGGCUGUUCGUUGAAGAUGCAAGGUGUAAUGUCUUCAUGGGUUCUGUUGGAGCUUUUCAGGUACUUGAGAAACAUGUGGUGGCCAUAAUUGGUCCACAGUCCUCUGGAAUAGCUCACAUGAUUUCUCAAAUUGCAAAUGGUCUCCAAGUGCCCCUUGUUUCAUAUGCUGCUACUGAUCCAACUCUAUCUGCCCUUCAAUUCCCCUUUUUUGUGCGAACCACACAAAGCGAUUCAUAUCAGAUGGCUGCUAUGGCGGAUUUGAUUGAUUUUUAUGGUUGGAAAGAGGUCAUUGCAAUCUAUGUGGAUGAUGAUUCUGGGAGGAAUGGGAUAGCUGCUUUGGAAGGCGAACUUGCAAAGAAAAUGGCAAGAAUGUAUAAGUUGCAGUUGUCUGUCAAUUUUGAUGAUACUGAGAUAAUGGAUUUGCUUAAGCAAUCCAAACCACUUGGUCCUCGUGUUUAUAUUGUUCACGUUAAUCCAGACCCCAAAUUGAGAAUCUUUACCGUUGCCCAAAGACUUCAAAUGAUGACUGACAAUUAUAUUUGGUUUGCAACGGAUUGGCUUUCAACUACAAUAGAUUCAUUCUCUCAGAUGAAUCAAACUUCACUUAGUGCUCUUCAAGGAGUAGUUGGUCUUCGUCAACAUAUUCCAGAGUCCAGCCAGAAGAAAGCUUUUCUGUCUCGAUGGAGAGUAAUGCAGCGGAAGGGUUUAGCAAGUUCUGAGCUGAAUACCUAUGGACUUCAGGCCUAUGAUACAGUUUGGGCAGUGGCCUAUGCGAUUGAUAGGUUCAUUGAUGAAUUCAAGAAUAUCACAUUUUCUUCCAUUGGCAAGCUACAUGACAUGAAAACAUCUGAAUUACAUCUAGGGGAGCUCGAAGUCUUUAGUAAUGGAAGUAGUCUACUAAACAAAAUAAUGCAGACAAACUUCACUGGUUUAAGUGGUCGCAUGCAAUUUAAUAAUGACCGGAACGUUGAGAGUGGUGGCUAUGAUGUCAUUAAUAUUGGGCAUGUGUCUAUUCAUACAGUUGGUUAUUGGUCUAAUAUCUCAGGUUUCUCACUUUUACCCCCAGAGACUCGCCAAGGGGAACAAAGUAACUAUUCUCACGUGGAUCAGAAGCUUCAAAAGAUUACCUGGCCUGGUGGAAAGAUUGAAAGGCCACGUGGUUGGGUAAUUGCUGAUGAUGAAAGACCAUUGAGAAUUGGAGUGCCAUACAGAGCCAGUUUUGUGGAUUUUGUUACUGAAGUAAACAAGAGCCACAAAAUUGAAGGAUACUGUAUAGAUGUGUUCCUUGAAGCAAGGAAACUAGUCCCGUAUGAUGUACCUUACAGGUUUGAGCCUUUUGGGGAUGGUCGGUCCGAUCCAAACUAUAAUGAGCUCGUGAGGAUGGUGGCAGAAGAUGUAUUUGAUGCAGCUGUUGGAGACAUUGCGAUUGUAAGAAACCGGACAAAAAUUGUGGAUUUUUCUCAGCCUUAUGCUGCUACUGGUCUUGUCAUUGUAGCUCCAGUCAGGAAUUCAAAAUCAAGUGCUUGGGUAUUCCUUAAACCAUUUACAGUGGAGAUGUGGUUUGUUACAGCAGCAUCAUUUGUGAUGAUUGCAGUGGUUAUUUGGAUUCUUGAACACCGAGUUAAUGAUGAAUUCAGAGGUCCUCCUAGAAGGCAGAUUGUAACAAUGUUCAUGUUCAGUUUCUCAACACUAUUCAAGACAAAUCAAGAAACUACCGUAAGUCCCCUUGGACGCAUGGUGAUGGUAGUAUGGCUUUUCCUAUUGAUGGUGAUAACUGCAAGCUAUACUGCAAGUUUGACUUCAAUUCUUACUUUUCAGCAGCUUUCAUCACCCAUUACUGGUAUUGACAGCUUGAUUGCAAGUAAUUGGCCUAUCGGAUACCCAGAAGGGUCAUUUGUCAAUGCCUACCUAUCUGAAAGUCUUUAUAUACCUCGUUCUAGACUUGUUCCCCUUGGGUCCCCAGAGGCCUACAAAAAAGCAUUGAGGCUAGGGCCAAAUAAUGGAGGGGUAGCUGCAAUAGUAGAUGAGCUUCCAUAUGUAGAGAUUUUUCUUACAAACCAAAAUGAUUUUGGGAUCAUUGGGCAACCGUUUACCAAGGGCGGAUGGGGAUUUGCUUUUCAAAGAGAAUCUCCGCUUGCUGUUUACAUGUCUACUGCAAUUCUAAAACUUUCUGAGACUGGUGAGCUUCAAAGGAUCCAUAAGAGGUGGUUCUGUAAGAAGGGCUGUCCUGGAGAGAAGAGACAUAAUUCUGAGCCUAACCAAAUUCAUUUGUUCAGUUUCUGGGGUCUUUAUCUUCUGUGUGGUGUCUUCAUUGCUGUAGCCCUUCUAGCAUUUUUACUAAGAGUGGUCCGCCAAUUUGUGCGCUAUAAACGUAGGCAAAUGCAACUGGCUUCUCCAUCCUUAACUUCAUCAACCACUCACUGCUCUCAAGUCAUUUUUCACUUUUUCGACUUCAUUGAUGAGAAAGAAGAAGUCAUCAAGAAAAUGUUCACUCAGUGUGAGAAUCCUACACCCCUGAUAAGUUUGGAAAGAUCAGAGAACACUUCCAAGGAAAUGAAAGGACCUGCUAAUGAUGAAAAUUGAAGUAUUUCGAAUUGAAUAGAUUCCAGCUGUUGAAUAUACUCAUUGUAUGCCUUAAAAUGUAGAAAACUCUGCAAUGUAGAUAGAUAUUAUUUAAGUGUAAAAAAGGUAUAACAAGUUUUCCUCUUGUA